AUGAACGGCGAACAACCCACCGACGAGCAGAAGCCGCCUCUAGCGACGCCUGCCGACAGCACCAAUGGCGAGAGCCUCGCCGCGAAGAAAAAGAAGAAAGAGGCCUUGAAACCGAUCGUCACAAACGAUGCUCCGACCAAACAAACAGGAACACAGCAAUUUGCUCAGACAAUGGCACAAUCGCCAUCUGCAUCAUCCGUCGACGAACCCGCCGAGGCGACUGCGGACGAGGAGGAUUCCGAAGAUUACUGCAAGGGUGGGUAUCACCCUGUGCAAGUAGGAGAAAACUACAAGGAUGGAAGAUAUACGAUUGUGCGCAAGCUGGGCUGGGGCCACUUCUCGACAGUGUGGCUGUCGCGGGACAACAACAAUGGAAAACACGUGGCCCUGAAGGUGGUUCGGUCUGCGGCGCACUACACCGAGACGGCAAUCGACGAGAUCAAGCUCCUGAAUAAGAUUGUCCAAGCAAAGCCACACCAUCCCGGCCGGAAACACGUCGUCAGUCUUCUCGAUUCUUUCGAGCACAAGGGCCCGAACGGAACGCACGUCUGCAUGGUCUUCGAAGUGCUGGGAGAGAACUUGCUGGGGCUUAUCAAGAGGUGGAACCACAGGGGUAUUCCUAUGCCACUGGUCAAGCAGAUCACGAAGCAGGUACUCCUGGGGCUGGAUUAUUUGCAUCGCGAAUGUGGCAUCAUCCACACCGAUCUGAAGCCAGAGAAUGUGUUGAUUGAAAUUGGCGAUGUUGAGCAGAUUGUCAAGAAGGUUGUCAAGAACGAGCCUGCAGAGAAGGAAAAGGAGAACAACCGCAACGGGAGAAGACGACGGAGGACGUUGAUCACAGGCAGCCAGCCCCUUCCAUCGCCUCUUAACACGGGGUUCAACCACAACAACCUCUUCUCCCAGUCCAGCGCUCAGGCGAGUCUGGCGGGCAUGCUCAGCGAGAGCAAGCCAUCCGGUUCAUCGCCAAAGGCGACAGAAGAGGCACAGAAGCAGCGAGAGAAGAGCGCUGACGUGCUCUCGCGAGAGGUCUCGGGGAUUUCGCUCGACAAGAACAGCUCACCAUCGGCGGGCGAAAAGAGGAAGGCAGAGGAGACUUCACUCGAGGUGAUCAGCGUCAAGAUUGCGGAUCUUGGCAACGCUUGCUGGGUGAACCACCAUUUCACAAACGAUAUCCAGACGAGGCAGUACCGGUCUCCAGAGGUCAUCUUGGGCUCAAAAUGGGGUGCCUCCACAGAUGUCUGGAGUAUGGCGGCGAUGGUAUUCGAGCUGAUAACGGGCGACUACCUGUUCGAUCCGCAAUCGGGCACGAAAUACGGCAAAGAUGAUGACCACAUAGCCCAGAUUAUUGAACUGCUUGGGCCGUUCCCCAAGUCCCUCUGCCUGAGUGGUAAGUGGAGCCAGGAGAUAUUCAAUCGCAAGGGCGAGCUGCGCAACAUCCACCGGCUGCGGCACUGGGCACUGGCCGACGUCCUGCGCGAAAAAUACCAUUUUAAGGAAGAUGAGGCGAAGCGCAUUUCGGACUUCCUCACUCCUAUGCUCGAGCUGGUGCCGGAUAAGAGGGCCAAUGCUGGCGGCAUGGCGGGGCAUCCGUGGAUGGAGGACACGCCAGGCAUGAAGGGCAUGAAGCUGGAGGGGCUGGAGGUUGGAGCCCGCGGCGAGGGAAUCGAUGGAUGGUCGACGGAAGUGCGGAAGCGUUGA